CCUACACAGAGAGCUUACCCCUUCUAAGGAACUGCUUCUAGGUCUGCUCUUCACAUCUCUCUCACACAGUUUUGCACGUAAGGACCUGUUUUCAUUCAAGACGUCUGUAUGCAAUGCUAAACUUUAUUUCAACAAAUAAUGUGGCUGUGAGAGUUUUCCCCAAGACAAUGAUUGGACUUCUUAGAGGGAUAAUACUUGUUUUUCUAAUGUUUGCCAAACCUGGGACAGGAGACAAACACGGCACACUGCACUGUGAACCACAGAAUAUGCAGCUUUCUAAUGUGAGUCAGGAGCUUCAGCUCACAUGGGACAGCCACCCAUCAUGUUUGUGUGAGAAAAACCUGAUCUAUGAGCUGGUAGUGCUAGUCGAAGACAAACAAGUGCACCAUGAAGAGGUUGCAGUGAUGGCUGACCACAUGGGGUCUAGUCAUUGGUGGAGCUGGAGGUCGUUCUUACCACUUGAGUGUGCGUCUCAUUCUGUCAAAAUUAGGUCCAGAUGCAAAAAACAAACAAGUCUGUGGACAACUGAGAUUCUGCCAGGUCAGAAGCCCUCAGAUGAGAUACAGGUGUUUCCUCAGGACCAUAUAUUUGAGGUGGGAAGUAGAGCCAGUUUCUGCUGCAUUAUCCCAGUGGGGGAAACAUUCAGGGAAAUGUCUCUAGGUAACUAUGAAGCCCCUUUCAACACCUCAAUGCUUAACUAUCACACAUACGCCCUGACCAUGGAGCUGCUGCAGCCCACUCUAAUGUCUGAUGCUGAUGUCAUAUGUAAAACAUACACGGAUGAGACUGGAGCAUCUGCAGUCAUUGGCUACCGACCUAUUGACAGUAACCUUACAUGUGAAACUCGAGAUUUCCUGUCCAUUGAAUGUUUUUGGAGAGUUGGCCUCCAAGUCUUCAAAAGACUGACUACUAACUACAGGCUGCUUGAACAAUCAUGUCCGACUAAUGGCAAAUGUUCACAGAAAGUUGAAGUAGACUGUGGCGAGAGGAACUGGACAUUAACUGCAAGUAAUGUUCUUGGCACCAUUGAACUUAAUUAUGAAGCUGAUCUAACAAAGAGAGUGUACAUGUAUGCACCACAGAAUGUGACGAUAUCCCCUCUCUAUGCAAGAAAUGCAAGUGUAAGAUGGUUUUGGACUGUCCAGAGGUACAAACUACUGAAUCUGACUUGUCAAAUAAAUAUCACUAAUAGAGAAACCAAAAUCCAAAAUGGCACUGGCCUUACAUCAGUUGUGUUAAAUGACCUGACACCUAAUUGGACUUACACUGUAAUGGUGCGAUGUGCAACAAUGUCAGAUUUUUGGAAAUGGGGCGACUGGAGCCAACAAACUUCAUUUUCCACAAAAGGAGACGUUCCUGAUGCUCUAGAUGUGUGGAUGCACAAAGAAGGCAACCAAACUCUUAUCUUAUGGAAAUUGCUUGAAGACCACCAAAGCCAUGGUCACAUUAUAGACUAUGAAGUGAUGUGGACAGACUCAGUGGCGAAAGAACAAAUGAAUACACGGCGCAUUGUUCAUCCCAAUCACAGCGUUGCACUAAACCUCAACUCAUUUAAAAAGUACAUUAUCCACGUGAUUGUCAGAAAUGCAUGUGGAAGCUCUGUCCCCUCACAAAUUAUUAUUCCCAGUCAAGCUCAAGCUACACCAAAAUGCAACACUACGCGGGUUAGUGGCAUUGAAGGUGGCUUUAGGUUGUCGUGGGCAGCUAGUCCCAAUGCAAGCUGUGGGUACAUUUUGGAUUGGUGUCCCGUGUCUGGAGCCUGUAAUCUGGACUGGCUCAAAGUGCCACCUAGUAAAACCAGUGCCACCAUAUACUCAAAGAACUUAAAAGAUGGUGUUAGAUACAAAGUAUCAAUAUUCAUCUGCACAGUGGAUGCUCCGGUGCUGCUCAACGUGAAAGAAGGAUAUGUGAGGGAACAAAGGAUACCAGAUGACCUGUUUAAAAACUUGAGGUGGGAGCAGCAUGCAUCAGAUGUGAAAAUAUCAUGGGACAAAAUCAACUUAAAAGAACAGAGUGCUUUUAUUGAAGGCUAUGUCCUGCAUUGCACAAAAGAAAGUUCAGCCAUUAAGAUCCGCACAGCUGAUCCUGAGGCCACUAGUCUGACUGCAAGAAAUCUCACUAUUGGUACAUAUGCAUUUUCUGUCUAUGCGCUGACUGCAGUUGGAGAAUGUGGUCUGACAACUUUACGCGCUACCUUAAAUUCACAUUCUGAUAGUUUGGUCAGUGCUUUCCUGAUUUCUCUGUUUACGGCAUCCGCUUUACUUUUGGUCAUCACUGUGAUUUGCUACAGGCACUGGGCUUGCAUCAAACAGAAAGUAUAUCCCCCCAUCCCUGAACCAAUGCUGUCGGGAAAGUGGUUACCUUCUCAGCGUGUGGCACUAUAUUGUCCCAGUGAAGAGCUCAUCAUGGCCGUCCCAGAGCUUCGCUGUAAAUAUCCAUCAUAUAAGGACGAUUACAUCCUGCAGGACAAGUGCACUAGUUACAGCACAAUUUUAGCACAAAAUCAAACUCUUAAAAAAUACAUACCCUGUGAAGUUAUUUUACCCCCAGCUUCUAGCACCAUAUGUUCAAAAAGGGCAAAAUUCCCCUCCUUGAAGCCCCCAGAUUACCUGACUCUGGAGAGAAAGAAACAGGAGACUGAGAGAGAAAACUUUGCAGAGUUCACAAAGUAUCAGCGGUCAUGGGAUAUUAAAAACUCAUGGAUCAAGAGUUCAGAUCGGAACUAUGUCAGAAACACCACAGAGAGACAAGUUAAGGCUGCUAUUAACCAGUAUGAGCUGAGCAUUGAAGAGAGGAGAGCGAGGCUACGUAUUAUGUUGGAGACAGAAGAACAACAGCUCCUCAAAGAAACAGAGGAGCGAAGGGAGACCGCUCUGGAAAGACAAACCAAGAUGCGAGCGAGAGCUAAAGUUCUGAGGGAUAUAAGAGAGACCAAAAGACAGCAAAUGGUUUCUGAAAAAAUGGAACAGCUUUUUAUAAACCAGUGUGAGGAACUCCGAACUGUCCUGUCCAAGCGCAGAGAAGAGAAGGCCCGUCUGGACUGUAUGGCUCUGGUGCGGUCAAAGCAGGAGCAGCAGCAAGAGGAGCAGAUGAAGGGCAGACAGUUUGCAGAGAUGUGGGAAACCAUUUGUCAAAGAGAGGAGAAGAAAGAGAGUGAACGCAUUGAAAGGCAACAGCAGAAAUCCAAUGAGUACCUGACUCACCUGAGAGCUCAAAUAGAUGCUGCAGAGCAACAAAAACAACAGGCAAAAGAGCUCAAAGAGGAGGAGGCAGCACAGCUACUGCGCAAACACAAAGAAAUGCUAAUGCUCCAAGAACAACGAGAGAAGCACCAAAGGCUCAAAGCUCAACAGACGAGAAGGAGGCAGCUUGACCAGAGUUACAGGAUGAAGAUGAAGCGUCUCGCAAAGGAGCAGCAGGAGGAGCUGGCUCUGGAUAUGAGCAUCCUCCAACAGGUUCUCAGCCAGGAUAGAGAUGAGAAACAGGAGGCUGUCCAAAGAAAAAUGGAGUUGCAUGAGGAGCAGCAGAGGUACAGACAGUUCUUGGCUGAUGAGCUGGAGAAGCAGAAGCAACUGGAGCAGGAGACAGAGAAGCUCAUUGAAGAAAAACUGAGAGAAACUUGGGCCAAACGUGAAAAACAAAGUGAAAUGGAGAGAGAUGCCAGGAACAGACUCAUGAAAGAUGUACUGGAGGCCCGCAGUCUGCAAAUACAGCACAAAUUGGAACUGAACAAGCUGAAACAGGAUCAGCUGGCCAGAGACAAGGAAGAACUCACCCAAAUGACAGAAGAAAUAAAAUUAUUAGAUCUGGAGGAGAAAAGACGACAUAAGGAGUUAUGCCGAGCCUACCAGGCCGACCUUCAGGCCCAGAUGCAGCACAAGCAGCAGCUGAGGCGAAAUGAGAAGGCUCUGGAGGAGAGAGAGGUUCAGUACGGUCUGGCUGUGCAGCAGGAGUACGACAGGAUGAAAGAGAAGAUUCUGUCCAGACCGUCCUCUCACACCACUGUGGCUCACCCAUUUAGACGCACUGAGGGUGCUAAGUCUGCUUCAUCACACCGAUGUCAGAGAGAAUAACUUGGAGGUCUGACCAAACACCUAUCUGUUUAAUAAAUGUUAUGCAAAAA